UUAUUGUGUAUAUUAUUUUCCAUUCUCAUCUUCUUACCGCCUUUCAGAUCUCUCUCUAUCCACACGAGUGUAAUUUCAGAUGCCUCCAAACUUUUACGAUAUCUGAAAUCUUUGUGUAUUUUGCUGUCAUUAUAUUAAACAAAACCCAUCGUCAAAACUCCAUUUUUUUUCCUCCUUUUAGCCACCAAUAGACUAUCAUUUCUUCUGUGAAUAUGGUUCUUCACUGAUAUAAUAAAGAUUAGUAGCGUUUUCUGAAGAUUUCAACUGUUUUUGGAGUCAUGGGUUGUUGUAAUUCGUGUUUUUCGAAAGAACCCAUAUCAGACAAAGAUAAUGUUAACGCCAAGACUCACCGUCACUCGCCGUCGAACGGGAAAGGCGCUGCUUUCGCCGGAGAUAACGGCGGCGUGCCGGUGUUCUCCGAAUACUCACUGGCGGACUUGAAGGCUGCAACUAAUACCUUCAGUUCCGAGUUUAUUGUUUCUGAAAGUGGCGAAAAAGCUCCGAAUGUUGUCUAUAAAGGUCGGCUUCAGAAUCGGAGGUGGAUUGCUGUGAAAAAAUUCUCGAAAAUGGCGUGGCCUGAUCCGAAACAGUUUGCGGAUGAAGCAUGGGGAGUUGGAAAGUUGAGGCAUAAUAGGGUGGCUAAUUUGAUCGGAUAUUGCUGUGAUGGGGACGAAAGGCUACUUGUUGCAGAAUAUAUGCCCAAUGAUACUCUAGCCAAACAUUUAUUUCACUGGGAGAAUCAAACCAUUGAGUGGGCAAUGCGUUUACGAGUUGCUCUAUGUAUUGCUGAGGCAUUGGAUUAUUGUAGUACUGAAGGUCGUCCAUUGUAUCAUGACUUGAAUGCAUACCGAGUUCUCUUUGAUGAGAAUGGUGAUCCGAGGCUUUCUUGUUUUGGCUUGAUGAAAAAUAGCAGAGAUGGAAAAAGUUACAGCACAAAUCUUGCAUACACACCCCCUGAGUAUCUAAGAAACGGGAGAGUUACACCUGAAAGCGUUAGUUUUAGCUUUGGGACUGUACUUUUGGAUCUUCUGAGCGGAAAGCAUAUUCCCCCGAGCCAUGCACUUGAAAUGAUUCGAGGAAAAAACAUUCUUCUGUUGAUGGAUUCACAUUUGGAGGGUAACUUUUCAACCGAAGAAGCAACUGUCGUUUUUGAUCUGGCUUCAAAAUGCUUGCAGUAUGAACCUAGGGAACGACCAAAUACCAAGGAUUUGGUCACGACUCUUGCUCCGUUGCAGAACAAACCCGAUGUUCCGUCUUAUCAGAUGCUUGGGAUCCCAAAACAUGAAGAAGCACCAGCCACUCCGCCACACCCACUUUCUCCGAUGGGUGACGCCUGUUCACGGAUGGAUCUGACGGCCAUCCACCAGAUAUUAGUCAUGACACAUUAUAAAGACGAUGAAGGCACCAAUGAGCUAUCGUUCCAAGAAUGGACCCAACAAAUGAGGGAUAUGUUGGAGGCAAGGAAGCGCGGGGAUCUCGCUUUCCGCGAUAAAGAUUUUAGAACCGCCAUCGAUUGUUAUUCUCAGUUCAUCGAUGUCGGCACUAUGAUAUCUCCUACAGUUUACGCAAGGCGUAGCCUCUGCCAUCUCAUGUGCGAUCAACCAGAUGCCGCUCUCCGAGACGCAAUGCAAGCGCAAUGCGUCUACCCAGAUUGGUCUACCGCAUUCUACAUGCAGGCGGUCGCCCUUGCCAAACUCGACAUGCACAAAGAUGCAGUCGAUAUGCUGAACGAAGCUGCUGCACUCGAAGACAAAAAACGAGCCAAAUGAUUCCAUUAUUGUAAGAAAAAUAUCGAUUGUUGUUAUUGUUAUUGUCGUAAAAUAGUUGUGCCAUAAUGAGAGGAACAUAAUGAGAGGAAUACGUUGGUUCGUGCGGUACAAACGGUCUAUUUUUUUCUUCUUCAAAUAUCUCGAUCCAGAAUGUGUGGGGGAAUCAAACAUGUACAUCAAUU